CAGGUCUCGGGCCCUCAGGCGGAGCGGCGGGCGCCGGACCCCCAGAUGGAGCGACAGGUCUCGGGCCCUCAGGCGGAGCGGCGGGCGCCGGACCCCCAGGCGGAGCGACAGGUCUCGGGCCCUCAGGCAGAGCGGCGGGCGCCGGACCCCCAGGUGGAGCGACAGGUCUCGGGCCCUCAGGCGGAGCGGCGGGCGCCGGACCCCCAGGCGGAGCGGCGGGCGCCGGACCCCCAGAUGGAGCGACAGGUCUCGGGCCCUCAGGCGGAGCGGCGGGCGCCGGACCCCCAAGCGGGCAUCGAGUCAACUGGCAGGACUGCGGGAACUGGAUCAGGUACCGGAUCAUCUGGAUCAACAGCGGGCAUCGAGUCACCAGGUAUGACAGUGGGCACUGGGUCACCAGGCAUCAGGUCAUUUGGCUUGCCAGCGGGCACCGCGUCAUCUGGCAAGGCAGUGGGC